AUGUCGAGCGACUCCAUCCCCCAAAAGAUGCGUGCCGCCACCAUCAAAGAUUUCAAGAAGGGCUACGAAGUCAAGGACAUCGACGUCCCCACCGACCUCGGGCCCAACGACAUUCUCCUCAAGAUCGCCGCUGCUGGCUACUGCCACACCGACUUGCAGGUCAUGGACGGCGUUUACGAGUCGCAAGGUGCAAAGCCUGGCCUCGUGGGCUCGCACGAGCCCGUUGGUACCGUCGUCAAGGCGGGCUCCGAUGCCGGCAAGGCCGGUAUUAAGGUAGGCGACCGUGUCGGAUCGAUCAACACGUAUGGCUUCUGCGGCAAGUGCGACUCCUGCAAACAGGGCAAGCAGCUCUGUGACAAGUUGCCCGGCAUGCUGGGCCUCACCCUCAACGGAGGCUUCUCCGAGUACAUGAAGGCGGACGCUCGGGUCGUAUCUAAAGUCCCGGAUAGCAUUCCUUUCGACGAAGCCGCCCCUCUCUUCUGCGCAGGCGCCACUGUCUAUGGUGCGUUGCUGGCAGUCAAGCCAGAGAAGGGUCAAUGGCUCGCCAUGGUCGGCAUCGGUGGUCUUGGUCAUCUCGGCGUGCAGUACGCCAAGGCAAUGGGCUGCAAGGUCAUUGCCAUCGACAAUCGUCAAGAGGCGAUUGACCUCGCCAACAAGUCGCCCGAGAACCUCAGACCCGACAAGACCUUCUUGAUCGACUCAGAUGACGCAAAGAACAAGUGCACCGAGGAGCUGUCGAGCAGCUUCUAUGACACCAACCCUGGCGUGGACCGUGUUGUGAUUAACACCGAAGACCGCAGUCUCAUCAAGUUCAGCCAGCAGUUCCUUCGCAAGGGUGGUCAGCUCGUGGAUGUCGGCUUGCCUGCGGAUGGACCCUUCGAAGUCGACCCUUUCGCCAUGAACUUCAAGGAGCAGACCAUCCGCGGUCGACUCAUUUGCACGCCCGAACAAUGCCAGGACAUGAUCAACAUGCACGCAGAGAACAAAUGCACCACCUUUAUCGAGAAGACCUACAGCGUCGACGAGGCCAACGAAAUGGCCGAGCACUACAACUCGAAGAAGCUUCAAGGGCGUCUCUGCAUGGUCUUCUGA